AUGACAGAAGAUGACAGGAGUUGCAGUUCACUGACAUCUAAAACGGUGGUGGGCGUGUGCAGUGGUGGCAUGUGGUCCACAGGAAUGGCUGUUGUGCAGGCCUGUUCUAACCCCACACACAGCAAUACCUUAGCUGUGGCUGACUUGAGAGAUCUUCUGAGAAUGCCUAGUGGAACAGUAGUAUUCCUUCCCCCAAAUGGUGCCAAUGUAUACCAAGCAGCCCAAGGGGCUCCUGGUACUACUAUUAUCCAAGCACCAGGGACGGUACAGUAUGUACAGUAUGGAGGCCAGCAUCUGGGAACUUCCAGCAACUCAUCUCAACAAGACCCUCAGGUGGGCUUACUUCAGAAUUUUCUUAAAGCAGAGGCCAAGACUCUGGGGGCCAUCCAGAUCUUUAUUGGAUUGAUGCACAUUAUCUUGGGUGCGAUCUCAGCUACUUUUCCGGCUUCAAACUACAUAUUUUUGGUUGUUUAUACAGGCUAUGUAUUCUGGGGUGCAGUAUUUUUCAUCAUUUCAGGAUCCUUGUCUGUAUCAGCUGAGAAACGUCUAACCCCUGGAUUGGUGAAAUGUAGUGUGGGAAUGAACAUCACGAGUGCUAUAAUCACAAUAGCUGGCAUCAUUCUGCUGAUACUUGAGCUGGCUAUAAAUUCAACUAUGCCUGAUUCCGAUGAGUCUACAAAUCUAGUUUACUAUUAUUGGAUACAAUCAGUAGGUGCUGGUAUCUCCAGCCUGCUCCUCUUGUUAUCUCUCCUGGAGUUCAGCAUCACUGUUUCAGUGGCUCAUUUUGGGUGCCAGGCAGCCUGCUGCUACAAGGAUCAGCAGCCAGUGGUUUUUGUGCCCUACGCUGUCAACGGAGGUGUUGUGGCUCCCAGUGAGGGCCUCUCUCCUCCUCCUCCUCCUCCAGCCUAUACUGUUGCAGACCCAUCCCCCAAAUGA